UAUUUUUUGUACGCUUUAUCAUCAUCAUAUGUAAAAGCCACGGAAUUCCAUUAAAAAACAAGAUGAUCCUCUGACUCCGACAGAUGUCAAGCUUGUGAGGCAAUCACUGUGUACUAGUAAUAUUAACUGAUAAAACAAAAACAUUAACUGAUUAAAAAAAAAGGGUAGUAAAAUCCCCUAAAAAAACGACAAAUUAUGUAUAAGUUUCUUGUUCUGGCUUCAACUACAAGCCGUGAGUGAACUGUGAAGCAACAUGGAUCCUGUAAAGCUACUCGCUCUAGUUGGGCUUCUAGUUUUGGGCUUGUUGGGCCAUCCGACGGCAGUUCACGGCGGCCGGAGUUGCAAGUUCCCGGCGGUGUACAACUUCGGCGACUCGAACUCCGACACCGGCGCAAUAUCCGCAGCACUGUCGGAGGUUCUUCCACCCAAUGGUGAGAGCUUCUUUGGGAGUCCCUCUGGAAGAUUUUCUGAUGGUCGCCUUGUGGUAGAUUUCAUUGCUGAGGAAUUGAAGUUGCCAUACCUGAGUCCUUAUCUGGAUUCACUUGGCACAGAUUUUAGACAUGGUGCUAAUUUUGCAACAGGAGGGUCAUCAAUUAGGCUAGGAGGUUAUAGCCCAUUUCAUUUGGGCAUUCAGAUUAACCAAUUCUUAAGGUUCAAGUCUCACACCACUGCUCUAUACAAUCAACUUACUCCCAUUAAUGGAAAACGAGCAACCUCCAAAGGCAAGCUUUCUAGGCCAGAGGACUUCUCAAAGGCUUUAUACACAUUUGAUAUUGGACAGAAUGAUCUGGCCUUUGGUUUUCAACACACGACAGAAGAACAAGUUAUAGCCUCCAUUCCUGAUAUCCUUGCCAACCUUUCUCAAGCAAUACAUCAAGUAUACGAGGAAGGAGGUAGAUUUUUUUGGAUACAUAACACUGGACCAAUAGGUUGCUUGCCAUACAAUGUUAUAUAUUAUCAAUCAAAGCCAGGAACUUUAGACAAAAAUGGAUGCGUGAGACCUCAGAAUGCGGUGGCUCAGGAGUUCAAUAGGCAGCUCAAGGACAUGGUUUUAAAGCUAAGAAGCGAUCACCCUCUUGCAGUUCUUACAUAUGUUGAUGUUUACUCGGCGAAAUAUGCGCUAAUUAGUAGCGCAAAAGAUCUAGGAUUUGUUGAUCCAUUGGAGUUUUGCUGUGGGAGUUACUAUGGCUACCAUAUUGAUUGUGGGAAGAAAGCGACCGUCAAUGGAACGGUUUAUGGUAACCCUUGUAAGGACCCUUCAAGGCACAUUAGUUGGGAUGGCAUACACUAUUCACAGGCAGCCAAUAUAUGGAUUGCUAAACACAUUCUCAAUGGUUCUCUCUCUGAUCCACCAGUUUCAAUUAGGGAAGCUUGUCAUUAUCCAAAAAACGUUCCUUUUUGCUUCAGAUUUGGAAGAAAAGCUUGAAGCAUUGCUUAAUGUCGAUCCUGUGUUGUUUGUACUGAAAAAAAUCUAUAGUUGUCGUUUUGAUUCCUGCUAAUAUUGUACACCAACUACCAUGACAGAGAAAGAAUA